UGUUGCGGCUAAGUUACCUCGGUCCCCCUAGCUAAGCCGGUUGAUCAGGUGAAGGGAACCCCGGAGAGGCCGGGUCGAACACCACAAACAGCCUCACAGUUUACUCGUAUUGCUUUGGGAAAGAGGGGCCAACGGAAGCGGGGUGCCCACGAGUGAUGCAUGGGAUGAUUGCUACGUUGGGCAGGCAGCUCCGGAACUCGAUGCUUUGAGGGUGGGGAGCAUGGUUUCAGGGCUCUGGGCAGCUUCCUCCAAGCUCGCUACCUAAUGUACGGUUACCUCCAGUAUAUAAGCGCAAGCUGCGCACUUCGUUGAGCUUCGCGAGCAGAAAGCGAUCAACUGUGUACUGUGGAGGUGGGCUGCUCUGCAGCUUACACACUUAGGUUGGACAAUCUUCCUGCACUGCUGUGGCUUGGUGGGAAUUUUGCCUACAUUGCAAGUAGAGGUAGUUGAUCCUUAAGGUCUUACGAACGUACCGUAUCCAAUCUCUCAAUCAGCAACAGAAACAUCAACAAGAAACAGACAACCAUGGCUACCCCCAAAGUCGACAAGCUCACCCCCACGGACCCCCGCGUGCAGCACUGCACGUACAAGAUCCCAGCCUCGGGCAAGACCUACCACUAUCUGCUCGCCGAACCCGCCACGCCGCAGCCGCCGCCUCCCUCGGCAACCAUCCUCCUGAUCCACGGCUUCCCGGACCUCUCGUUCGGCUGGCGCUACCAGGUCCCGCGCCUGCUCGCCCUCAACCUGCGCGUGGUCGUGCCGGACCUGGUCGGCUUCGGCCGCAGCGACGCGCCGCCCGACCUCGCCGCCUACUCGUUCAAGGCCGUCGUGGACGAUCUCGUGGCCCUCGUCCGCCACGUGCAACAGCAGCAGCAGGCCGAGAGCGAGGGCGAGAAGUUCUUCGUCGGCGGACACGACUGGGGCGGCGCGGUGGCCUGGCGGUUCGCGCUGUGGCGCCCGGACCUGUUGCGCGGCGUGUUCAGCGUGUGCACGCCGUUCUGGCCGCCCAGCGAGGUGUUCUUGAGCAGGGAGGAGAUGGUGAAGCGGCUGCCGAACUUUGGGUACCAGCUGCAGUUUGGGCGGACCGAGGUCGAGGACGCGGUGGUGGGCAGGGACAGGAUCAGGGCGUUGUUGAGCGUCAUGUAUGGCGCGCGCCGCGAGGAUGGAGAGCCCGUGUUUGAUGUGCUGAGCGGGUUCAAGCUCGAUAAAUUGGAGGUGGGUAAGAUCGGCGAGAGCCCCUUGAUGAGCAAGGAGGAGUUGGAUUUCUAUGCGGAUGAGUUCGUCAAGAACGGGAUGAGAGGGCCAUUGUGCUGGUAUAAGACGGCCAAAAUCAACUUUGAUGAGGAGCGGAAGUUGCUGCAGGAGGGGAGGACUAGGGUCAGGGUGCCUGCCCUGAUGGUGGUGGCGACGAGGGAUAGGGCGCUGCCGCCGCCCAUGUCGGCGGGUAUGGACAAGCACUUUGACAAUCUGGUCAUGAGGGAGGUGGAUGCCACGCAUUGGGCGCUGUGGGAGAAGCCGGCCGAGACGAACCAGCACAUCGACGAGUUCUUGAGAGGCAUCCUUAAGGAGCAGCCUCUGAAGGCUUCCAUUUGAUAUGGCGUCAGAACCGGCCGGUUUGGCCGAGCAAGUCAGCACAUAUCUUGACAUGGUCAACACCUAUAUAUAUAUUGAUUCAACAUGCCUAAAACGGGGGGUCCUGACUCCCUGGGUUGCUUCCACUGUAAAUCGGCGACGACAGUACAAUCCAGGGUGAGAACCAAGUCGCUAAGGUAGUCUUUCCCGGUCACUACAUCGUAUCCUAGCCAUCACAGCCGCUCCCUCUGUGCUCUCGUUGCUCUCAUACUGCGUGUCCAAUACGCUCUGCAAGACAAGGCGCGCCCAUAUACGCCGUCCUGCUCAGGUACCCUCGGCCACCCCUGGUUCCCAAGAAUUUGCGAACUUAGUAUGCGACG